AAUAGUGGCCUAUUUUUAUUGUAAAAUGGGUAAAAGAAUGGAUAAAGAAUUAUUUAUAUUAUACGGUACUCGACUUUUCAAAACUCCCAGCUGCGUUAUACUAUGACGCAUUAUUAUCGCGACGCCUCUGCGCCACGUCACCUUCGAGAGACUCACAUGGGUUUGUUUUGAAUGGUGACUGUUUGACAGUUCUGCUGUUGAUAUCGUUCGUCUCAAUUUAAAACCCCAGCAUUUGCGGAAAUAUGUUGCCCACGGAUGGAGUCAUGUCUUUUCCCGGUCAGACGUGGGAAAAAGUGCUGUCAAAGGUAAAAAAGGCUGUUGUUUUCAUGGAUGAUCGGUGCUCGGAGAGUCUGCACUGGAACGGAGGAGCUGCGCUUCUGUUUGAGGCUGGAGCUCGAAACAUCAAACAGUUCUCAAGCUUUGAGGCAGGCGGACAGAAUGAACCCAAAGCUGUGUUUGUGAUCAGCUCCGUGCUGAAAGGUAGAACCGCAGACAUUAUCAAAGACAUAAUUUCCCUCAGUAACUUCCAGUACUGCGUGGUUUUCACAACUGUUCCUCACUCCAUUCACCUGCUUGCGAAUAAUGUGACUACUGAUCUGGAGGGGAACCCGGUGUUUGAGCAGUUUGAAGAGAAACUGUGUGAGUGGAUGGGUGAUAUGAACUAUACCGCUGAGGUCAUGCAUGCUCCUGUGGUCUUUGCGCCUCUGACACAACAGCUCCACCUUUUGCCUGCUUUCUCUGAACUUUUCCCUUUAAUGGAAGUGGAUCUUGAGGCCAUCAAUGAGAAGAGGCCAGAGAAAAAACGAUUUGGGAGUCUGAUGGAUGUGGAUAUGCACUCUCUCCCACCUGAGUUACAGAUUCAGGUUAAAUCUCUCGCAUCAGCCCUCAACGCCCUGUUUGAUUUCAUCAGUACCCGUGAGGAGAGCUUUUCUGUGGGUCCGAUGAGCCGUCUGAUCGCAGGGGAACUGGCCAGUCAUCCACAGGCCAAAAACAGGAGGAAGUCAGCCCCCAAUAAAGCAUCAAUAGUGUUUAUUGACAGAACUCUUGAUCUUACAGGAGCUGUUGGCCACCAUGGGGACAAUCUGGUUGAGAAAAUCCUAUCCGUGUUGAGACAGUUGCCAGGUCAUGUGACUGACGUUCAGGUGGACAUGCUGGAGCUCACACACCUGAAGCAGACAACUGAUACCAAGGGCAUCUUGGCACCAGGCUGCUUGGCACAGAACCAAUCUGCCACUGCACGGUUGCUAUGGGAGACAAUGCUGGUUGCUAAGCAAAAGGAGGCAGUGAUGGAAGUGAGGAGACAACUGGUCGAGGCAGCCAGCAAAGAGAACCUGCCAAUCAAAAUGAGUCUAGGGCGGGUUACAGCCGAACAGCUUUGUUCAUAUGUGCAGUUGUUUCGGGACAGUUGGGGGUCUCUGGAAAGUCACAGUGGGGUCCUACAGCUGGGACUGGCUGCUGCUCAAGCUCUCCGUCAUCCUGCCCUCCCGCGCUGGGACGCCUGCCUUGCUUUUGAGAGACUCCUCCUGCAGGCCUUGGGGGAUUCGGACCUGGCAGAGGUUCUGAAACAACUUCUUCCCCUCAUAAAGUCCAGUGAGUCUGGAACAGGUUCAGACUCUAGUGAGCUGAGUGUGGAUGAUCUUCUGGUGCUGCUGGUCUAUGUGUACUCUAUGGCCAAGGAAGCAUGUCCGGGUGGUACUGAUGAGGAAAAACAUGUUGAGAAGGUGGAAAAUGAGUUGAUUGGCGCACUGACACUCCGACUCACCCGGCAGACCUCAUUAAGCCCUCUGCUGCUGGAGAUCACAGGAGUCUCAGGCCCUGAGGAGCUGACUGCGGAGCGUGCUCACUCUGCCCUGGAGAACAUGUUUGAGACACUGAGGGGAAUCAGUCACGCCCGAGACCACCUGAAGAACUUCAGCUCUGUGUACACUCCCAGUGAUGGAGCACACCAGGCAACAUACCGGCCAUUGCUUAAGCAGGUGCUAGAAGAGAUCUUCCACCCAGACAGACGUGAAUGCCCUGAUGUAGAGCACAUGUCGGGGGGACUCACUGACCUUCUCAAGACUGGCUUCAGCAUGUUCAUGAAGGUCACCCGACCACACCCAAGUGAUCAUCCGCUCUUGUUUCUCUUCCUGGUGGGCGGAGUCACACCAUCAGAGCUCCGCCUCAUUCGUGAAGUCGUCUCCACCCAUAAGUCAGGCACUCAGGUACUCGUAAUGUCCACUAGGCUGCUGAGACCUUCCGACAUCCCUCACUUACUCUUCAGCACUGACAGGCUCAAACCUGACAUUGGAGUGUGAAGGGACUGAACACACACACUUCUGGCUGUUGAAUCGAUUCUUUCCAACAUAUUUUGCCUUUUGUCUCAAUUUUAGAGGCAUCCGAGAAAAAAAAAAUAAUGCAUUAAAAAAGGUUUAAGCAAUAUACAGAACAUGCUUUUGUUCCUAAUAAAUACCACAACAUCCCAUUCCAAUUAUUUCACAUUUUGUUGUAUAUGACCAAAGAUUCUCUCUUAGUCCCUCCAUUUUUUCCCUUUAAAUAAAAUCUUUAUGGUUGGC